CCCUUCCCGGCGCUCUUCGCGCGGUCUCGCGGUGACUCUGGUGCGUGGGGUCAAGGCGCGGGGCAGAGCUGCUGGGGUCGGGGCGUCAUGCGGAGGGGUGAGCGCAAGGGCGCCGAGGGGCCGCGGCCGGGGUCCCCAGUGCCCGUGGGCAAGGCCUCGCUGGAGGAGCCGCUGGAUGGCGCGGCCGCGGGCCGAGCAAGCGGGCCGACCGCUGGCCGCCGCAGCACCGAGUCAGAGGUCUACGACGACGGCACCAACACCUUCUUCUGGCGGGCGCACACCCUGAGCGUGCUCUUCAUCCUCACCUGCGUGCUGGGCUACGUGACACUGCUGGAAGAGACACCGCGGGACACGGCCUACAACACCAAGAGGUACCGGCCCAGCCCAGCCUCGCUCCACGCGGCUGGCGGGGUCUCUGGAGGUAUUGUGGCCAGUAUUUUGGUUUUCUUAUGUUUUGGAGUCACACAAGCUAAAGACGGGCCAUUUUCCAGACCUCACCCAGCCUACUGGAGGUUUUGGCUCUGCGUCAGUGUGGUCUACGAGCUGGUGCUCAUCUUUAUACUCUUCCAGACCGUCCAGGACGGCCGCCAGUUUCUGAAGUACGUCGACCCCAGGUUGGGGGUCCCGUUGCCGGAGAGGGACUACGGGGGAAACUGCCUCAUCUAUGAUGCAGACAACAAGACCGACCCCUUCCACAACGUCUGGGACAAGCUGGACGGCUUCGUGCCCGCACACUUCAUCGGCUGGUACCUGAAGACCCUGAUGAUCCGUGACUGGUGGAUGUGCACGAUCGUGAGCGUGAUGUUUGAGUUUCUGGAAUACAGCCUGGAGCAUCAGCUGCCCAACUUCAGCGAGUGCUGGUGGGACCACUGGAUCAUGGACGUGCUCGUCUGCAACGGGCUGGGCAUCUACUGCGGCAUGAAGACCCUCGAGUGGCUGUCCCUAAAGACGUACAAGUGGCAGGGCCUCUGGAACAUUCCGACCUACAAGGGCAAGAUGAAGAGGAUCGUGUUCCAGUUCACGCCCUACAGCUGGGUCCGCUUCGAGUGGAAGCCGGCCUCCAGCCUGCGCCGCUGGCUGGCCGUGUGCGGCAUCAUCCUGGUGUUUCUGUUGGCAGAGCUGAACACCUUCUACCUGAAGUUCGUGCUGUGGAUGCCCCCCGAGCACUACCUGGUCCUCCUGCGGCUGGUCUUCUUCGUCAACGUGGGCGGCGUGGCCAUGCGGGAGAUCUACGACUUCAUGGACGACCCGAAGCUCCACAAGAAGCUGGGCCAGCAGGCCUGGCUGGUGGCGGCCAUCACCGUCACGGAGCUGCUCAUCGUGGUGAAGUACGACCCGCACACGCUCACGCUGUCCCUGCCCUUCUACAUCGCCCAGUGCUGGACGCUCGGCUCCGUGCUCGCCCUCACCUGGACCGUCUGGCGCUUCUUCCUGCGGGACAUCACCCUGAGGUACAAGGAGACGCGGCGGCAGAAGCAGCAGGGCAGGGACGACCAGGGCAGGGCAGACGGCAGCGUGGACGGGCGCCCACCAGGGCCCGACGACCCCUCGGGGCCCGAGGAGGCCGAGAGGGAGGGGGUGCCAGCACCGCACUGACGCUGCGGCUGGGCCUGCAGAGCCCAGGCCUGGCGCCCUCCCCGCUCUGGGAUCCCCGCCAGGAGCCUUCCAGCAGGCCUCAGCCCUCAAGGUUCUAUCUCCCUCUUCUCCCGCGUGCACAGUGGGGUGGGGCGCGCGUGUGUGUGGUGUGUGCAUACGUGUGGGUGCGUGUGUGUGUGCACGUGUGCUCCUGAGGCUCGCCCCGGGCCGGCUGGUCCCCUUUCUGCACAGUCAGCCCGCCGCCUUGGCCCCCCGCCGCAAGCCUUGGUGCCCAGACGGCCCGGCCCAGGCAGCAGCGUCUCGGUGCCCGCCCCUCUCCGCUCCCUGGGCCCCACCGGUCCCCCAUGACCUUCUGGCGGCACAUGUGAAGGACAGUCGUCCAGGGACGCCCUGGCGUGGCUGGGAAAAGGCAGAUCCACUUACUCGGGAGCCUCCAUCUGACCCUCCAACCUGGAGGGUGCGUGGACAGGGCUGCCCGCACAUCGAGUCAGAGACGCCAAGGCCUGGUGCCCGCCGUCAGGAGGGCAGGUUGUGAGGGAGGGUCUCUGUGGCCCAGGCUUGAGGUCACCCCCAUGAGCAAACAGAACAAAUAAAAGCCACGGUGACGGCCUGCGGCUCCACAGCUCCUCGCUGCCCCUCACCCCCGCCCUACCCUGUGCCGCCCAGAGGGCAGCUGGGAGCCACCCGGGCUGCACACCUGUCCUGGCAGACGACCAGCGGGCACGAGGGUCACCGGCCUCCCUGGCGCCUCCUGCUGCAUCCGCCCCUCGGGCGGCCUGAGGGAGCUAGUUCUGGGCGGGGUGUGGGCGAUGGCGCACUGUCUUCAGGCUUCACACGCACUGGCGAAGGGAAGCGCCGAGUUCCGGGCAAGGGUGACACUCCCGACCUUCCCAAGGGCAGGGCCUCUCAGAGCGUCAGGGCCUGAAACGAGGUGGACUCGUUUCCUUAGUUUAUUUUCCCGUGACAGCUAUUUCUGGGGAGAAUUUCAAACCUAAGGUGGUUGUGAGGACGGACGGCGGCGCGCCUGUGCCCCCCGCCUCCCCCCGCUGCUCUUGGCGUUGUGCCGUUGAGCUGAGUUUCUCAGCCUCUGGCUUCUGUGGGCUUCCUCACGUCGGGGGUGUGACCCGGGGCCUCACUGUGCCCCACCCCACCCGCUGCCAUCCCAGUGUCACCUUUGAUCUGGGUUUAGGGCCGACGCCCGUCCCACCACUGCAGACACCAAGCGUCCUGUCCACCCACCUCCACCCGGGGUUCUCGGCGUCACGAGGUUCACAGUCGCUCCCAGACUACCUCCCUCCGUGUGGCCUGUGCUCUCCCUGCAGAGCUGGAGGCCCGUGUUGCCCACCACUCCCAGGCAUGGCCCCUGGGAGCGGUUUCUGGCCCAAGGUGGGUGCAGGUUCCCCUGGAGCGUCUCCCGCCCAGACCUGGGUGAGUCCACCCAAUUCUCCACAGAUCUGCUCCCUUCCGGGGGAAGGUGUUACCAAGCCAGGGUCCUGGUACCUUGAGGGGCUUCGUAGUGAUGGCGGGAAGUUACUGCCCAGCCACCCGACCCUCUGGAAGCUGCUCCGUGUCUAUACCUUGAUCGUGCCGUUCAGGGCAGGUCACCUCUACACUGUCCCCCACGGCCAGAUGAGGCCAGCUAGAUGGGGUGGACCCUGCCCUUAUGUCCACAGGGCUCCAGCCUCCACCAGGAGAGCACUCGGAAGCCAGCCAUCGGCAGGCUCGGCCAGGCCCUAGGAGCAGCUCCCAGCUGGGGUUUCUGGCCCACACACAGGAGGUCCGAGCGCGCUGCUGGCCAAGGUGAGCCAGGCCCCGAGGGCAGGGGCCAUGUUCCCGUGCCCCUUAGUGCAGGCGGGACGCCGUCCUCGCAGACCUGAGGCAGUGAAGGCCUGUGGGAUGGGGUGGGCUCCGAGGCCGCAAGGAGCAGGACCCCGCCAGCACCUGGGGAGCUCAGACCGGACCCCCACGGAGGACCCCGCUGGGCACACCCGC